GCAAUUACAUUCUUUUUCCUUCACUCUUCAACGAACUUCGCCUUCAGUCAUUCUUCCAUCUGCCAAGACCUUUCAAAAGCUACAUCUCAUCAACCAUUUUAUAUACCCCUCUCAUACUAUAAGGCUGCACAGCGAUCAAUUCACGACACUCUUUCACCUAAAGAUAAAAAAAAAGUAGUAAAGAAGAUGAUGAACUUUUUGUUUGGGCGUAAGUCCCCGGCGGAAGCCCUCAGACAACAUCAAAGAGCACUUAACAAGGCGCAGCGAGAGCUCGAUCGUGAGAGAAUCAAGUUAGAGCAACAGGAAAAGAAGAUUAUCCAGGACAUUAAAAAGACUGCUAAAGCGGGCCAAAUGAAUGCUGCCAAGGUGAUGGCUAAAGAUCUUGUACGAACUCGGCGAUAUAUCCAGAAGUUUUAUCAGAUGAAAACACAACUGCAGGCUGUUGGUCUCCGUAUUCAGGGUCUCCGUUCAAAUCAACAAAUGGCCGAGGCAAUGAAAGGCGCGACAAAGGCUAUGGGCGCAAUGAACAGGAAUAUGAAUCUGCCUCAGAUUCAACAUAUCAUGAAUGAGUUUGAAAAGGAGAGCGAAAUCAUGGACAUGAAGGAAGAGAUGAUGUCAGAAACUAUUGACGAGGCUAUGGAAGAAGAAGAGGAUGAGGAGGAGCAGGAGGCUAUCGUAAAUCAAGUAUUGGAUGAAAUUGGCAUCAAUCUGGAUGAAACGCUUGCAUCGGCCCCUGGCACAUCCAUCAAGGCACCGGGAGCAUCCAACAAAGAGCGUGUGGCUCAAGCUGAGGGCAUGUCGGCAGAUGAUGCCGCACUGCAGGCUCGUCUUGAUAACCUUCGCCGUGAAUAAAUCACGUCCUAAGCUAUUACUCUGUGUAACACUAUUCUUUUUUUUUAAUCGAUCGCAAAUAAAAAGCAAUGCGGUUAUUGAGCAUUC